AUGCCGUCCGUCUCAUUCGCCUCGGAGCCGCCCCACGCGCGGGACUCCGAGGCUGAGGCGGAGUCCGGAGCCGGGCACGGAUCUGGGUCCGGAGGACACUUGGUCGACGAGUCGACCAGCCUCCGGAUGCCUACGACGAUGCCGCAGUUGGCGCGCGGCUUCUCGCUGGUUCCCGAGCGCCUCGGCAAGGGCAGCUCGUACCAGCGACAGGGCAACAAGGGCAUGUUUGGCUGCGAGGCUGCUAUGCGCUUCCUCGCCUACAUGGCGGCCAUUCUGACCAUGCCCUUUUCUCUGGUCGUCUGCCUCAAAGUGAUCGCCCAAUACGAGCGGGCCGUCGUCUUCCGCCUCGGCCGUCUCAUCUCCGAAAUCCCCAAGGGCCCGGGCCUCGUCUUCAUUCUGCCCUGCCUCGACUCCGUCAAAACGGUCGAUCUACGCACCUUCACUUUCAACGUGCCUACACAAGAGGUGCUUACCAAAGACUCCGUUACCGUGGCCGUCGAUGCUGUCGUCUAUUAUCGCAUCUUCGAUCCCGUCAUGUCGGUGGUGAAUGUGGAGGACGCCAAUCGGUCGACCCGCCUCUUGGCCCAGACGACUCUGCGCAACGUCCUCGGCACCGUCGACCUCUACCAACUGUUGACGGCGCGAGAACAAAUCGCCCAUCUGAUGCAAGACUGCCUGGACACAGCCACGGAGACCUGGGGCGUCAAAGUGGAGCGUGUCGACAUCAAAGACGUUCGUCUGCCCAUCCAGUUGCAGCGAGCCAUGGCGGCCGAGGCCGAGGCGGCCCGAGAGGCCAAGGCCAAAGUUAUUGCGGCCGAGGGGGAACAACGCGCCUCGGUGGCUCUCAAGGCGGCGGCCAUCGAGAUCGGCGAGUGUCCAAUCGCUUUGCAACUGCGCUACCUACAGACCCUGAGCAGUAUCUCAGACGAGAAGAACUCCACUAUCAUCUUCCCUCUGCCCAUCGACUUGCUCAGUCUUUUCCACCAGAACAUGACGCAGGCCUCCGUCGGACCGCCCACUCCCUGUGAACUCGCCAGCAGCAGCACCGACAGCAGCCAGUUCACGCCGCCACCAGACCAUCACAUACGACGAACUCACAGUCCCGCGCUCCACUCGAGCCAAGCCCGGCACCGCAACUCGCCGCCACCGCCGCCGCCACCGCCACCGCCACCGCCACCGCCUCACAGAGAGCCCACUCAGUCUGUCAACCGGCACAGAGCCUACCUCUCCGAGGAGGGGAUGGAGCAGAUCGACGACGGCCUGAUCUGA